GCAAACGUGGCCGGGGCGCCGGGGUGGUGGGUUACGCCUGGAGAGCGCAUGGGCAGACAAACUGUGCGUCCGUUUGUCCGGAGCAGAGGGGAGAGUGGGCGCCAUCUUCCUCUAGGCUCACUCAGGGGUCUGCCUGUUUUGGGGAGGCUGCUGCGACGAGGAGUGCACCCCGCCCCCAGCCUUGUGGUUCCGACUCGGCAGCAGCGGUCAUUAUUGCUGUGGUUUGAGCUCAGCAUGGCUGUAGUCAUCCGUUUACUGGGGCUUCCUUUUAUUGCGGGGCCUGUGGAUAUUCGUCACUUCUUCACGGGAUUGACUAUUCCUGAUGGAGGAGUGCAUAUAAUUGGAGGGGAAGUUGGGGAGGCUUUUAUUAUCUUUGCAACAGAUGAAGAUGCAAGACGUGCCAUAAGUCGUUCAGGAGGGUUUAUCAAGGAUUCAUCUGUAGAGCUUUUUCUUAGUAGUAAGGCAGAAAUGCAGAAGACUAUAGAAAUGAAAAGAACUGAUCGCAUGGGAAGAGAGAGACCAGGAUCUGGGGCACCAGGGGUUGGCAGCUUAUCUAAUUUUGUUGAGGCUAUUAAAGAAGAAGCAAGUAAUUCUGGAUAUGGCUCUCCGAUUAAUCAAGAUGCUGGGUUUCAUACUAAUGGUACAGGACAAGGUGAUUUAAGGCCAAGAAAGACACGGCCAUUGAAGGCAGAGAAUCCUUACUUGUUUCUACGAGGCUUGCCUUACUUAGUAAACGAAGAUGAUGUACGUGUCUUUUUCUCUGGUUUGUGUGUGGAUGGAGUAAUUUUCUUAAAGCAUCAUGAUGGCCGAAAUAAUGGUGAUGCCAUAGUAAAAUUUGCUUCAUGUAUCGAUGCUUCAGGAGGUCUUAAAUGUCAUAGAAGUUUUAUGGGUUCAAGAUUUAUUGAAGUAAUGCAAGGCUCGGAACAACAGUGGAUUGAGUUUGGAGGUAAUGCAGUUAAGGAGGGUGACAUUUCUAUGAGGACUGAAGAACAUUCUCCACCAAGAGGAAUUAAUGAUAGACAUUUUUGGAAACGAUCUCAUUCAAAAUCUCCCAGAAGAACACGUUCUCGUUCUCCUCUUGGAUUUUAUGUUCACUUAAAAAAUCUGUCCCUAAGUAUUAACAAAAGAGAUUUAAGAAAUUUCUUUAGAGAUACUGAUCUGACUAAUGAACAGAUUAGGUUUUUAUAUAAGGAUGAAAGAAGAACAAGAUAUGCCUUUGUGAUGUUCAAGACUCUGAAAGACUAUAACACUGCUCUGGGUUUACAUAAGACUGUUUUACAAUAUCGUCCAGUUCAUAUUGAUCCAGUUUCUAGAAAACAGAUGCUGAAGUUCAUUGACUGUUAUGAAAAGAAAAGACCAGCAUCAACAGAGAAAGAGAGGCUUGGACACGUUUCACAAAAAUACUCUCAAGAAGGCUAUUCUGGCCAGAAACUGUGCAUAUAUAUAAGAAAUUUUCCAUUUGAUGUUACAAAAGUUGAAGUGCAGAAGUUCUUUGCAGACUUUUCUCUUGCUGAGGAUGACAUUUACUUGCUUUAUGAUGACAAAGGAGUUGGUCUAGGAGAAGCAUUGGUGAAAUUCAGAUCAGAAGAACAGGCCAUGAAAGCUGAACGUUUAAACCGACGAAGAUUCUUGGGGACAGAGGUAUUGUUAAGGCUCAUAUCUGAGGUACAAAUGCGGGAGUUUGGUGUAAAUUUUUCUUCAAUGUCCAGUGAGAGAAUGCAUGACCAUUCACAGUCAUGUGACAGAGAUGAUCAUUCCCAUUCAUUUGACUCAAAUGAUCUACCAUUAUACUCGGUUGGCCCUUCUGAAAACUUUAGGCAUCAGCAGGAGGACUUGAGGCAACUGGACAAUUUCAAGCAUCCCCAGGGGGAUUUCCGACCUCCUGAAAGGCGCCCUCCAGAAGACUUUAGGCAUUCCCCAGAGGAUUUCAGGCACUCCCCUGAAGACUUAAGGCACCUUCGGGAGGAACACUUCAGGCGGCCUCCUGAGGAGGACUUCAGGCGCUCUUGGGAAGAGGACUUCAGACACUCUCCGGAGGAGGAUUUCAGGCACUCUCGGGAGGAGGACUGGAGGCGGCCACCUGAGGAGGAUUUCAGGCGGCCUCCCAAGGAAGACUUCAGGAGACCCCCUGAGGAGGACUGGAGGCGGCCCCCCCAGGGAGACUUCAGGAGGCCACCUGAGGAGGAUUGGAGACGGCCUCCUGAGGAGGACUUCAGACGGCUUCCCCCGGGGGAAUGGAGGCGGCCACCUGAGGAAGACUUCAGGCGGCCCCCUGAGGAGGAUUUCAGGCGACUUCCAGAGGAAGACUUCCGGCGACCUCCCGAGGAGGACUUCAGGCGGCCCCACGAGGAGGACUUCAGGCGGUCUCCUGAGGAGGAUUUCCGGCGUUCUCCUGAGAAGGACUUCAGGCGGCCACCUGCGGAACACUUCAGGCGGCCACCCCCGGAGCAUUUCCGGAGGCCGCCCCCGGAGCACUUCCGUCGGCCACCUCAGGAGCAUUUCCGGCGGCCGCCCCCAGAGCAUUUCAGACGGCCACCCCAGGAGCAUUUCAGACGGCCGCCUCAGGAACAUUUCAGGCGGCCAUCCCAGGAGCAUUUCAGGCGCCCCCGAGAGGAAGAUUUUAGGCACUCACUGGAUGAAGAUUUCAGGGGUCCUCCAGAUGAAGACUUUAGGCACCCUCCUGAUGAGGACUUCAGGAAUCCCCAGGAGGAAGAUUUUAGAAGCCCUUCCGAUGAGGACUUCAGGCGGCUCCCGGAGGAAGACCUCAGGGAAGCUCCAGAGGAGGACCCUAGACUUACUGACAGUUUUAGACUUCCUGGUGAGGAGUUUAGGAGCCCCCCUGAUGAUUUUAGAAGUCAUCGCCCUUUUGUGAAUUUUGGUCGCCCAGAAGGUGGCAAGUUUGAUUUUGGAAAGCGUAAUAUGGGAAGUUUUCCUGAGGGGAGAUUUAUGCCUGAUCCAAAAUUAAAUUGUAAUUCAGGUAGAGUAACACCCAUUAAGAUAAUGAAUCUUCCAUUUAAAGCUAAUGUUAAUGAAAUUCUAGACUUUUUCCAUGGUUACAGAAUCAUUCCUGAUUCAGUUUCAAUACAGUAUAACGAGCAAGGAUUACCUACAGGGGAAGCCAUUGUUGCCAUGAUAAACUACAAUGAAGCUAUGGCUGCUAUUAAAGAUCUGAAUGAUAGGCCAGUUGGCCCCCGCAAAGUUAAGUUAAUUUUGCUCUAGAGAGCAUUUCUAAAUUCAGAAUUACCUCCCCACAGUAUUGAUGCAGUAAAAUGCAUUUUUUUAAGUGUUUACUUUUAACUAAUGAAAAGAAACAUUUUAAUUUUGACCUGUGAAUAGAACAAAUGUAAAUAGAAUGUGAAUCUGGUUUUCUUUUGCUUGCAAAUUGCCGUUCACUUUUUCUAACUUAAAAAUAUAUAUGCCUUUUUUUUGACCAGUGGGGGAGAGAACUAAUUCCCUGAGUGCAUUAAUUUUUGUUGAUGUCAUGGGUAAACGUCAAGACUUGUAUAGUAGAACUGUAUUUGGGGAAGAUAAGUUUUAUAUUCACUUUUGUUUCCAUUCUGUAGUCUACAUCUUUUUACUCAAACUGUAUAAGGAAAUGGUCAGUGACUGAUUGUUCAGGGUUAGCAUUUUCAUUGCUAACUGCCUGCAGAAUUAAUGCCCUCUUCCUUGUCUGAGAUAUUACUGUUAAGCCUCCCCUUAAUCAUAAAUAGUUCAAAAUUGACAGACUGUGAACUUGAAAUUUACUUAUGUAAAAAGCUUAGGAAAUUCUUAAAACUUCGAUGAUCAUAACUUUCAAAAUUUUAUAAAAAUAAAAAAAUUGCAACUGAAUAAACCAACUAAUUGUAUUUGUAUAAAGAGAAAAAAAUUAUAGCUUCUUUUGUGAAGGUUUCCAACAGCUGUAUAAGGUAAUAUUUAUGACAGGAGAGACCAAACAUUCUGUAAUAAUAGUGUAUUAGUGCUGUGUAUAGUUCUGUGGUUUCUUCCAACAUCUCAUCAACCAAACUGAUAAGAUUUACUCAAGAUACUUAAAGACAAAAAAAUAAAAAAGUAAAGUAAUUAUAGGUACAAGGGGACUUUCAGGCUUAUGCUGGUAAGAAUCUGAUAAAUGGACAUAGUUUGUGUUUCUAGGAAGAAUUUACUGAUGAUUCAUAUAAAUUGUAUUUUUCAAAUUAGGUUCUCAUCUCUUAAUUUCAAAACUUUUUAUCCAAAGACUCAGUGACUAAAUAUAACAAGACUUUUGUGAGAUUGAAUUUUGACUUCUUUGAUAUUUGACAUUUAGACAUUUUGCAAAUACUGGAUUUGAUUUUCUAUACCAUCAUAAUGCUUACAUUGGGCACUUACUGUGUGCUAGGCAGUAUAAGUACUUUACAUGCAUAAUGUCAAUCUUAAUUAUUCCCUAAGAAGCUUAAGAGUAUUUAGCGCUAUUUCACAAAUGAGAUAAUGAAAUUCAGAGAGUUUAAGUUACUUGCCUAAAGUCAUAGCUAGUAAAUCAUGGAGCCAGUUUCAACCCAGACAGACUACACACUCCAGUUCAUGCUCUUAAUACUUUUGCCUGCUAACUUUGUUAAAUGCUGUUUUUAAUUUUAGUAAGACCAUGCUAAAAAUAUUUUCAAGAGUAAAGGAUAUUUUCUUACCUCCAUUUUUGCUUUAAAAAUAGCAUUAAGAAAAGAUAAAAUUAGUAUGCCCAAACAUUGUUAAUAAAAGACAAAGUAACUAAAACUUCCAGGGUUUCUCUGGGAGACAAACAUUAUGUAUUGGCUUCUAAUUUAAAAUUGUUCAUCUUAUGAAACAUGAUUUGACUUUGGUUGGCCUUUUAUAGUUUACAUAAAGCAAGGUUAAUUUUCCUCAAUUCUGUGAUUUAGAUAUUUCCCACAGUGAGCAAAUAAGAAUAAAGUUUGAAUUUAUAUCAGUAGUUUAGUCAUUUAAUAAUAGGGUAUGGCAGAAGUAGAAUACUUUGUCAGUAUUUAGCCAGUUAGUGCUAUAAGUAUUUUGGAUUAAUCUUUAGUGAUUUAAAGAAGUCUAAGAAAAACCAACCGAAGUUUCUGCGUUUUUUUUUUUUUUUUUUUGCAGUACGCGGGCCUCUCACUGUUGUGGCCUCUUCCGUUGCGGAGCACAGGCUCCGGACGCUCAGGCUCCGCGGCAUGUGGGAUCCUCCCGGACGGGGGCACGAACCCCUGUCCCCUGCAUCGGCAGGCAGACUCCCAACCACUGCGCCACCAGGGAAGCCCUCUGUGUUUUUAAUUAUGUUGAGUGUCGUUCUUGCUAGUGGAAUGAAUAAAUUGGUAAAUUUGGUUCCAAAAAGCACAUCAGUAUGGCUCUUGAAACUAGUAAGCUUACAAGCAGCUAGGAAAAUGACAAUAGGAAGAAAUGAUAUUUUUAACUGCUCAGAGAUUAUUUAGAUAAUUUAUUGGAGGAGUAUAUGGGAAGACUUAAAAUGCUUCUUAAAUAUAUAUCAGUAAAAGCUAAGAUGAAGCUUAAAGUGCAGUAUCACUUAAUAUUGAACUGCUUCUCAAUCUAGGCUGGGAUGGUCGUGGUAGAUAAGAGGCUAUCACAAUAGUAAACACAGGCUUUGUAUUUCGAUUGUAAAAUUAAUGGAUUGAUAUGAAUAGUUAAUUUACUCCGUAAUCUUCGGUUUAAUAUAUUUUUUAACUUUAAAAAGUUUAUUACAGAAAGCUGGCUUCUACUUCUUGGGAGCCAUUUUUGCAUAUCUGUUCCCAACUCUGCCUUCAGUGACAUGUUGAUAACUUAAAUUGGCCGUGGUAGGAGUAUUCACACCAUGGAAAUUGGUAAAUGCAGAAAAUCAGGGCAUUUUCCACCCCAGAGAGCCAACUACCAGCACGCCACCAAUUUCAAACAGGUAAGAGAAUAGUGUACUAAAUCCUCAUACACCCAUCACCCAGCUCCAGUAAUUAUCUCAUAGCCAGUUUUGUUUCCUCUCCUAGAUGUAUCAGGUAUAGUGGCAUAUUGGUUCUCUAGUUUAAUACCCAGUGGCAUUUUAAUUAUCUUAAAGCCAAACAUUUUUGACUCGAGGUAUUCUGAAAAAUAUAGAUCAUGCCUAGAAAGUAAACUUAAUCCCAAGAGAUAGGUAAGAAUUAUUGUGUUAGGAGCACACACUUAGCACUUACUGAAAAUACUGUCAAGAGCAUUGGCUCUUGGUCCAUGUAUCACCUAUUAAGCAGUGACCCUAUCACCUCCAUCUUUGUAUUAAAUGUAAGCUAAUAUUUACUGAGCUGUAAUAGAUACUGUGUAUUUAUGAUCUUUAAUUACAUGUGAAUUAACUAUAUCAUUUAGUUCCAAUAACCCUAAUAAACCUAUUUUGGAGAUAAGAAAUGGAAGCCUAUAGCCUGUCUUUUUAUAAGGAAGCUAAAAGAGGCUUUUACAUUUUUAAGUAGGGUUACAUAAGUACCUAUGUAAUAGCCUUGAUUUUGUCUCUCAGCUCACAAAUUGUAAAAAUAUUUACUGUGUAACCCUUUAAGGAGUUUGCCAACCUAUGUCUGGUCUAAAAUUUAAUUUUACAUCGAAAGUAUUUUGUAUAUUCCUUUUGUCCUUAGAAUUUUUUUUUUGAAGUAGCCAAAGCAUACAUUUUAUAUCAGAAUUAUUUGCUGAUUGCUUUAUAUAUCAGGCACUAUUUUAACUUUAUAAAUAGGGCAACUGAUGCUCAAGAGAAGUGAAUUGCUAUCAUAAGCAGCAAGAGCAAUACUAGAACUGUGUUUUUUUCCCAGCUACAAAUACCAAGAUUAAAUACUGAGAAAAUAAAAAUGCAAUGAUAUCCUCAGUUUUUUAAGAAUGUCAAAUUAUUUAGGAUUUUAAAAUGUUUUGAAUAUUUUACUUAAAAACUAAGUAAAUUUAUCACUUAGGGCUAUUUUCAUGAAGCAGUGCUUUGUUAAGAACAGAACCAUGAAUAACAAAGUCAAAAAAGCUUUCUGGAAAGUUUUAUUUUUCUGUUAUCCUUUUGUGGUAAUCCCAAAUGAUCAUUUCCUAAUUUUUAUAUGCCUGACUGGGAUCUAUGAAAUAAUAGAAGUACAAUUCCCCAUCCAAAGAAGGAAAGCAUCAGACAUACUGAAAGGCUCUGAUUAAAUUGUUUUAUAUUUUCAGGAACAAGAGUGACUGUACAUUCUUUUAUUGAUUAGAUGGUAAUUUGGUAAAAGUUUUACAGAAUUUUUACUGAUUUAUGGUUUUCCAUGAUGUUUUUUAGGGCAACAUUCCACCAAAUCAUAGCUUUGCAAAAGAUGGAGUGCCAUAUAUAGCACUUUAGUACGACAGUGACUUCGUUUUAAAACCAGAAUCAAGCUGAAUGUAGCUUUCUAAAGCUAAAAUUUAUGCUUUAUGUAUAGUUGUAAAACACCAAUAUCCUAGUGUCCUAUUAUUGUUAAGAGUGACUAUAAUACUCUCAUUGAAAAGUAAAUUUAUAUAUUGAAUGAUGAAACUUCAGGUUGUAGUACAAGUGAAAAAAAAGUAAAAAAAGAAAACUUGGCUUUUUGAUUAAAGCUUUAUGGAACAGAAUUUGUAUUUCAUCAGAAUGACUAUCUAGGACCCUUUUCUGGUAUUGAAAGCAUGGUGUCUUAACCUAAAGGAAGCAAGUGGAAUUGUUAGUUUUUUUUUUGUUGUUGUUUUUAUCUAUUUAACUAGUGUAACCUCAACUAGGUAUAAUGCAUUAAUAUGAAAUACUUCUGAAAUACAUAAUCUUUUUAAAAAAAUGGAACUUAUACAAAAAGAUCACAUGCUGCUAGACAGAAUGUUGAAAUGACUGGUGUGUAAUAUUUUUUAAAACUUCAUUUUUGGUCAGCAUAAAUUUCCUUUAAUAAUUUCUCCAUUUCCAGUAGGAUUUCAUUUCAUUUCAAGCCAGUAUAAAGUUUUACAGUUUUAGUCAUUCUGGAUUCCAAGUCAUUUAAGAUAAAAUGGAAAUGCAAAGUUUACUUAAAUUUAAUUUUCUUCUUCUGUAACAUCUAAGUCUUCAUCCUCUUCAUCAUCUUCUAUUUGUUGAUCCUUUCUUAGUCGACAGGUGGAUACCUGUUAAAAGUUAAAACAUUUUAAAUAAUACUAACUAAAAAAUAUUUUUACAUGCUUGGUAUCUUUUUUUUUUUUUUUUGCGGUACGCGGGCCUCUCACUGUUGAGGCCUCUCCCGUUGCUGAGCACAGGCUCCGGACGCGCAGGCUCAGCGGCCAUGGCUCACGGGCCCAGCCGUUCCGCGGCAUGUGGAUCUUCCCGGACCGGGGCACAUACCUGUGUCCCCUGCAUCGGCAGGCGGACUCUCAACCACUGCGCCACCAGGGAAGCCCUUGGUAUCUUUUUAAUACGCCCUGAUAGAGAAGUACACGUAGAACAAAUAUUUCAGAAAAAUGUCCAUAAGUAGUAAUUUUUAGUAAUGAAAAUUCCCUAUGAAUUAUUGUAUCUUAAGGUUUGAAAACAGACGCAAAAUUUUUUCAUUCAUGUUAUUUUUUGAAGAAAAAUGUGAAAUUAGCCAUUUGAUUCCAGUUGGGUACCAGUACUUCAAUAACCGACUUUAAUAUAGUCUCUGUAUAUUAUAAAUGUCAAAAAAUAUUUUAAGUUAAACAGUUCUUAGGUCACAAAAACAGGUAUCUGAAUGAAACUCAUUAAAGGGAUGGCAAAAACACAAGGAUAUUUCAACUAGGCAACUGAAAUAUUAAACUUUAAAAAUAGUCUGGUUUAAAUGUAAUGAGUUGAGAAUCUGAAUUCACUACUUGCCUUUAAGUCCUGACUGUUGCCACUUGGAUCAUCCUGCUUCAAACUUUUCUGAGGGUGAUUAUACCCAGGAGACAUCUGGCAAUGUCUGGAGACACUGUUGAUUGUCAAAACUGGGGUGUGUGUUUGUGUGUUGCUGGCAUCUUGUGGGUAGAGUCUAGGGAUGCUGCUCAACGUCUGUACAAUGCACAGGACAGUACCCCUGCCUCCCUCCCCCCCUCCAAAUUAUCUGGCUCAAAGUUAAUAGUGCGGAGGUUGAGAAACCCUAGGAUUAUGUAUUCUAAAGUGCUACACAGAUCUUGGCUAACUUAGGUGAUAUUAUUAGCUCUAAAAGGUCAAAACUCUGCAUACUAUAAUACUAUAGUACUAUAAUACUAGUACUAUAAUACUAGAUUAUGGAAUUUAUGUGCAAGGCACUUAGUACUGGAAUAAUAAAAAUAUAAUUUGGUUAAGGGGAGAGAUGCAUAAAUAAAAAGCAGUAAAUAAAUGCUUAGAGGAGAAUCAAAUGUAAACAGAAGGUACUGGGUCACACUUACCUGAAAGUUAUAUUUUGAAAAUAUUUUGCUCAAUUUUGAAUUCUGAAGGCUAGAUAUGAAAAAGGCCAUAGCUUUCUAAAUCAGGAGUUGGCAAGCUAUAGCCCAGUUUGUGGCGUUUCUGUAAAUAAAGUUUUAUUACAACUACUGAUUUGUUCAUGUAUUGUUUAUGGCUGCUCUUGGUUGGGGCAGAGACCAUAUGGCCCACAAAACCUGCUAUUUUCUGUGUGGCCCUUUAGAGAAAAAGGUGGUUGACCCCUCCCUGUUCUAGAUACCAGGUACUUCAGGCUUUCUGGAUAUAGAAGAAAAGAAAAUUGAUUCUUUACCCUAAAGAUAUGUGCUUCUGGAUCUAUGAUAAUGUUCAACAAAAGCCCUUUUUAGGUAUCAUUUCCAGUAAGCUGUGAUAGUGGGAUUUAAACCCUAAAUAGUUUGAUUUCAGAAUCUGUGCUCUUCGUGCUAUACCAGAGAACAAAUGUAGAUCAGCAUUUUCCUGUCCCUUCCACCUCUGCUCCCAAGUGUUCUGCUUCAGAGAGUAAUAUCUUACAGAUGAUAAAAGAAUUAAGAGCCGAACCUAGUGCAGUCUUCUGUUAUUUUACAUAAGAGGGUAAGAGAGGGUAAGUUAUUCGAAGUCCUGUGACUUAAGGGAAACAUUUUUAGUACUGAACAAUUCCAAAGGCAGUAGCUCACAUUCCUUUAAAUUAUGGUUUCUAGCUCACCUGUCCUGUUCCAGAUACGCACUUAGCUGACAGUGAUCUCUGAAGAGGUGACUUUGAAUUUGCUCUUACGAUAUCUAAACGGGAUGGAUAAUCUGGUGGAUACAGAGAAUUUCGGAAAACCUGUUGCAAUGAUAAAACAUUAUAAAGUGAUACUAAACAAUGGAAAUCUAGAAAAUCAUGUUAAGUUCCCUUUAGUUUAUCAUGUUAAGUUCCCCUUAGCUUAGAAUUUUUUUAAGCAACUCCCCUCCCCACACUGGGAACAAAGUUUAUUUAUUGUAAAUUUAAAACAAAAAUCAAAAAAAUAAAAUAAAUAUUUUAAGUUGGAAAGAUGUAAGCUAAAAAAUUCUAUUGUACCACCUAAGAUGAUGACGGGCCCUGAAACAAUCACUUAAGAGCUUUUGCUGGUGAAACAUGAAAAGUUCCUACAUUCAAAGAGUAUGCAAGCCAGUGGGAAGACUAAGUCACAACUUUGAUUCUUUCUGUUCUGCUUAUCCUCAACUCUUUAUCAGUUUAAAUUCACUGAUGGCUUUCAUAGUACAUCACAGAAGAGUAAAUGGAGCCACUCUAAUUUAUGGAUUCCAAUCUCACUAGGAUCUGGAAUGCCACUGCUUGGCAGUAGUUCCAAAUCUUACUGUGGUCUUAAGCUUCCCUACCUGUAGCUUUUCCACCAUUUCUGUAACAAAGAAGGGAAGUCUGUCAGAUGUGAAUUUCUUCAUAUUCCCUCUUUUUUUCCUCAACUCUUCACCCUAUCCUUUUCCUUUUUUUUUUUUUGCGGUACACGGGCCUCUCACUGUUGUGGCCUCUCCCGUUGUGGAGCACAGGCUCUGGAUGCGCAGGCUCAGCGGCCAUUGCUCACGGGCCCAGCCGCUCCGCAGCAUGUGGGAUCUUCCCGGACCAGGGCAUGGACCCGCGUCCCCUGCAUUGGCAGGUGAACUCUCAACCACUGCGCCACCAGGGAAGCCCCCUUUUCCUUUUUUAAAGCAAAUGUCAUUCUGAUUCUCUCCAAGGUGCAUUUUCCCUUUAGCGAAACUUCAACAAACAAAAGCUCUCUUUCUCCAGUUUUCCUCCCCCACAAACGAGAUCCGUUAAAAAAAAAAUUACUUCAAGGUAUAACUUUACUUUUUAAAAAUCUUCUCAAACAUUCUACUUCAUUUGUCAACAAACUACAGUUAGGCUUUCCCCUUCCACUGAAAUUGGUCUUGCUGUCAGUUACCAAAGUUGUCUUUUUGUCUUCAGCUGACCUUGUCCUGAAACUUCUUUUCCAUGCAUGCCAUCACGAAACUCUGCAUGUGCUAGCUGCUCUAUUUCUUCACAUCCCUUUUUCUACUGCAUAUACCUGAAAUAUUUUUAAAGGGUUUCCCUUAGCCCACAUUACCUUUUUUGACAACUUUCUCUGACUAGAAAACUUUGGCUCCUGACUAUUGAGAGUCUAAAUGCCUUAGGUGACAUUCAAGGCUUACAAUCACCCACACCUACCCAUUAUACUUCACUUUUAGCAUAUAUACCUAUAUGCAGAACAUGUAAUACUACUGUGACUUUGCAGUGCUGGUUCCUCAGCCUGGAAUUUCAGCGCACUUACUUAUCCUUCAGGAGCCAAGUCAAAUGCCAUCUUUUUUCUGCUCUCCCCUGUUCUCUAGUCAGUAGCUCCUAUUGUUUAUACCCUCAGUACAGCUUUUAUCUCACUGUUUUGUAAUUACAUGUCUGUUUCUACAACUAGUUUUAAGUUCCUCUAGAGCAAGAAGCCUUGUUUUAUCUUUGCAGUUCCUUCCAGCUUAAGACAGUAGCCUGGUAAAUGAAUGAUGUUAACAUGAACUUAAUCUGGGUGUUUUGAGAAAAAACGACCCAAACUAGGGGAUGUCUCUACACAUUUCUUUAAACCUUAAAGAAGUGCAGGACACAAAAGGAAUCAAGGGAUGAAACUUAACGCAAGACGCAAGAGGUAUGACUUGGUUUAACGGCAAUUCAGGCAUGCUAAUAAUUAGGUUAUUUAACAGUUUACUGAGGACCCAAUUAUAUUUUGGUGCCAGACAUGGAACCUGGCAUCCUGGUAUGAUAUCAAAACUGGACGACUCAAUCCACUGGUAUUUGGAAGAAAUAUAUUUUUGUUAGAAUGACAUUCCUUUUUAAGCUUUUCUAGCAAAGAUAAAAGUGGGAAGUGGAAGAUAAUUUACAACCUUUGGGGUAAAAGUCUAAACCAGUUGAAUAUUAGUCUCCUACUGCAAAACAACAGAUUUACAGGAAUAUUAAUUUAUUGGCAAUAAUGCAUUUUCCAAUAUGGUCCAAGAUCUCUUCUAGGAGUGAGUCUCAAGAUCUGAAAUAUGCUCUGAACUGAAUGUACAGAGGUGAUCUUUUGAAGGGGAAUAUGGGCCUGACAGUACUUUUUAUGUGAAGAAUGAAUCAGGUUGUCAAAAUCCACUGGAGUCCUACA